CGCAAUGUCAAGUGUACUGGAUUGCAAGGGAACUGUAAAAAUCUUUCAACAGGCAAUGCUCAUCUCAAUUUUGACAGCUCUGAGAUAAUUAACCUACCGUAACCGCAUUUCUCCACUUCUUCCCUGAUUAACUGUUAGCAUUCAGAAAAUUUUGCGCACAAUGUCAAAGCAAGUUGGAUUUCACGUUGUCACGCCACUGCUCGAGAGCACGGACAUGUCUAAGCGAAUGGGGAGCUCCGUGUAUUUGAAGAUGGAGAGCUCACAGCCCACCGGUUCCUUCAAAAUACGCGGAAUAGGAUACAUGUGUCAAAAUGUUGCAAGUUCCACCAAGUCGAACGGUGUGGUUUGUUCUUCUGGUGGCAAUGCUGGUUUGGCCACAGCAUAUGCAGCAAGAAAACUCAACCUUCCAGCAACCAUUGUUUUGCCCUCAGCAACACCCCUACUGGUAGUGCAGAAACUAAAGGACCAGGGGGCUAUGGUCAAAGUUGCGGGCAAGGUUUGGGAUGAUGCAAAUGCAGAGGCGAUUCGAUUGGCUGAAAGUGAAGGUCUUACUGUGAUACCACCAUUCAACCAUCCACUAAUCUGGAAAGGUCAUACCAGUAUCGUACAUGAACUCAAGGCCUCAUUGCCAACCAAACCAGGAGCUAUAGUGCUGUCCGUUGGGGGCGGAGGUCUGUUUUGUGGGGUGAUGCAGGGGCUGGAUGAGGUGGGCUGGGGCAGUGUGCCUGUCCUCUGUAUGGAGACUGUUGGUGCAGAUUGUCUCAAUGUCGCCCUUAAAGCCGGAGAGCUGGUUACACUGCCGGACAUUACAAGUGAAGCAACGUGUCUGGGAGCAAAGACAGCAUGCAAACAGGCGUUUGAAUACAGCAAACGGUCCACUGUCAUUUCAGAGGUAGUGACAGAUCUACAGGCUCUGGAGGCAAUGGAACUGUUCCUGGAUGAGGAGCGUGUGUUGGUGGAGCUAGCCUGUGGCGCUGCGCUGUCUGCAGUGUACAGUGGUGUUAUCCAAAGGCUACAGGAGGAGGGACGCCUUCCUAAACCUCUAGGCCCGCUGGUGAUGAUCGUCUGUGGGGGUGGCAGUGUAAACCGGGCUCAGCUUCAACACUUACAGGCAGUCAUACGGAAAUGAUCAGAAUGGAAAAGAACCCAACAAUCCACUGUAUAUGAAGAUUCUCCAAUCUGUGAAAGCUGAUAUGUUAAAGAUGGUCAAUGCUUUAGCUUGCCUUGAGAUGAUUUAAUUGUUUUUCAAUGAUUAAAUAUUAAAGGGAUGGUUCACCCAAAAUUCAAAUUAUGUCCUAUUGUUUACCCUUAUGUUAGUCCAAACACAUAUGACUUUCUUUCUUCCGUGAAACACAAAAGGAGAUGCUAGUCCGAAUGUUAAAGGGUUAGUUCACCCAAAAAUAAAAAUUCUCUCAUCAUUUACUCACCCUCAUGGAAUGCCAAAUGUGUAUGACUUUCUUUCUUCAGCAGAACACACUUGUAGAAAAAUAUCUUAGCUCAGUAGAUACUUAAAAUGCAAGUGGAUGGUGAUCUGACUUUUGAAGCUCCAAAAAGAACAGACAGUCAGAAUAAACCUCAUCCAUACAACACAAGCAGUUAAAUCAGGGGUGUCAAACAUGCCCAUGAGAUGAUUUGAGGGGGACCAAAAAAACGUAACAACAUUCAUGCUGAUUUAGCCUAUUACAUUGGUAUGAUUAUGUUUUUUAGCAACAGCAGGGAAGAUAAACAUUUUAAGUUUAAUGGUGCCGGUGUGAGGAUUUCUGUCAUUGCUGAGCUCCUGGGAUUUUCAUGUCCAACAGUCUCUAGAAUUUACUCCGAAUGGUGCCAAAAACCAAAAACAUUCAGUGAGGGGCAGUUCUGUGGAUGGAAAUGCCUUGUUGAUGAGAGAGGUCAACAGAGAAUGAUCAGACUGGUUCGAACUGACAAAGUCUACAGUAACUCAUAUAACCGCUCUGUACAAUUGUGGUGAGA